CCCGCCCGCUCCUCCCCCUCGGGCUCCGGGACUUUUGCUUUCACUUUCCCUAAAGCUGUCCUAGACCCUCGCGGAGGAUCGGACGCCACCGUCGGCUCCCGCCGGCCACCGUGGGAACGAUGGCAGAUGAUCAGAACUGUGUUGCGGAGCUGGAGGAAGUGGAUUCUUCAAGUGAAGAUGGAGUUGAUGCGAAGCCAGACCGCUCCUCCAUUAUCUCAUCGAUUCUCUGGAAAAAGAAGAGAAAUGCCUCUACACGCCCAGUCAAGACCACCCGGGACCGCGUGCCCACGUACCUGUAUAACAUGGAUUUCGAGAAGAUGGGAAAAUGUAUCAUCAUAAACAACAAGAACUUUGACAAAGUGACAGGUAUGGACGUCCGGAAUGGGACAGACAAAGAUGCGGAGGCCCUCUUCAAGUGCUUCCGAAGCCUGGGUUUUGACGUGGUUGUCUACAAUGACUGCUCUUGUGCAAAGAUGCAAGACCUGCUUAGACAGGCCUCCCAGGAGGACCACAGCAACUCAGCCUGCUUCGCCUGCGUCCUGCUGAGCCACGGAGAGGAGAAUCUAAUCUACGGGAAAGAUGGUGUGACGCCGAUAAAGGAUCUGACGGCUCAUUUUAGGGGGGAUCGAUGCAAAACCCUGUUAGAGAAACCCAAACUGUUCUUCAUUCAGGCUUGCCGAGGGACGGAACUCGAUAACGGGAUCCAGGCCGACUCCGGGCCUAUCAACGACACCGACACCGAUGCUAAUCCCCGGUACAAGAUCCCGGUGGAAGCUGACUUUCUCUUCGCUUACUCCACAGUCCCAGGCUAUUACUCAUGGAGGAACCCAGGAAAAGGCUCCUGGUUUGUGCAGGCUCUCUGCUCCAUCCUGAACGAGCAUGGCAAAGACCUAGAGAUCAUGCAGAUCCUGACCAGGGUGAAUGACAGGGUCGCCAGGCACUUUGAGUCCCAGUCUGAAGAUGCCCGCUUCAAUGAGAAGAAGCAGAUCCCUUGCAUGGUCUCCAUGCUCACCAAAGAGCUCUACUUCGGCCGGUGACUGUCCCUUCCAGCUGAGAACCUGCAAUCACUCAUUGAUGAAUCCAAUUGUUAUGUUUAUCAUUUUGAUGCUCUCAAAAUAUCCAGAAAUGUUAGAGAUUUUAAUUUAAGGACAGUAUGUUGAUUGAGCAGGAAGGAAGUUUCCUGGUAAUGUCUGAUAUUCUAGGUUUCUAGACUUUCUUUUUUUUUUAAAUAAUUUUGUUCAUUGAUGGCUUCAUACUUUCCUUUUAAGGUUAAUUUCCUAUUCGUAUUUCUUUUACCUGGUCAUCACGUUGAAUGCAUGCUAUGAAAAUGACCUCUGAACAAGACUCAUUGGUGGUGGCAUUAAUGGAAAGUCAAAGUCUUAGUUGAACUAGGCAAAGAGGAUUCCAAUUCUUGACAAACAAAUACAGCUGAGAUACUCGUUGGCCUCUCCUGGAAAAGAUGGCUGCUGUGUAGAGUGGUUGUUUUCAUUGACUCAGGACAGAUUACUUUGCAGGCCUUCCCAGGGAAGUGAGAAAACAGUGAGUACUCUCGUAUGCAGGACCUAAUCCAGAAAACAAGCCCUUCUAAGGUGUUUCAAUGGAGAAGCGUCAAUACAGGGAACUCACUUAAGCGGGUAAUUAAGAAAAAGAGCCAAGCAGUAGAAAUCUGUUACCUCAUGUGUGACUGUGAGGCUGUGAGAGGAGGUUGGUUCCCUGUUCAUCAGUAAGAACUGUGGUAGCGCUGCCUCCUAGGAGCAAAAACCAUGGAGGGUUGUGAUAAAUGGAGCCAUGCCAAGGACAGAGCUACUGUCUGAGAUGGAAACCAAGCCAGAGCUGAGUCAGACACCAAGACAUCCCCAGGCCUGUUCUCAUAUCCUUCACCAGCACCUCACCAGUCCAAGGUACCUGAAAGCAGCUAGUGAGGCUUCUGAGAUGCCCUGCUGUACAGAGCAGAGCAGGGCCUAUUGAGCCGGGGGGG